AUGCGCAAACGCUUCCGAGGCGAGGCCAUUUUCAACGCAGAAACCGACGUCCACUUCCCCCAGCUCUCGGUUGGCGACACCCUGACCUUUGCUGCCAAAGCGCGAGCCCCCCGUACGCGUUUUGCUGACCUCAGCCGCAACGACUACGCCUGCCAUGUCCGCGACGUGGUCAUGACCAUGCUCGGCCUGCGCCAUACCUUCAACACCCGCGUUGGCAAUGACUUUGUCCGCGGGGUCAGUGGAGGUGAGCGCAAGCGAGUUAGUAUUGCCGAAGACAUCCUCAGUGGCGCCCCGUUGCAACGCGCUGGCUCUCCCUACACCCUUUCGAUCUACGAACAAGUCAUGCUCUGCUUGCACCGAGGCUUCCAGCGCCUUCGUGGCGACGCCAGUCUGACCACGUCCGCCCCCAUUGGCAACUUCAUCAUCUCGUUGAUUGUCGGCAGUGUAUUCUAUAACCUCCCUGGCGAUACCUCCAGUUUCUACUCCCGCGGUGCCUUGCUCUUCUACGCCGUUCUUCUGAGCGCGUUCAGCAGUGCUUUGGAAUGUGACAUUCAACCUGCCCCUAUACUUCAUGUCCAAUCUCCGAAGAGAACCAGGGGCAUGCUUCACCUACUGGUUCUAUUCAAUUAUCACGACACUGACCAUGUCCAUGGUGUUCCGUACCUUUGGUGCCACCUCCCGCACACUAUCUCAAGCCCUGGUCCCCGCGGCCCUGCUCAUUCUCGGCCUGGUCAUUUACACCGGUUUUAUCAUUCCCACCCGAGACAUGCUAGGUUGUCUCGCUGGAUGAACUACAUCAACCCGAUCGCAUACGCCUUCGAAGCCUUCAUGGUCAACGAGUUCCGACACCACGACUUCCCCUGCGCAGAGAGCGGCUUCAUCCCGUCCGGCCCUGGAUACGUGAACGUCAGCCUGGAGAACCAGAUCUGCAGUACCGUCUCAGCGGCCCCUGGCUCGCGCUUCAUCAACGGCGACGCAUACCUAGCUACCUCGUACGAGUACUACAGCUCGCACCUCUGGCGCAACGUGGGCGUCACCUUUGCCUUCAUGAUUUUCUUCAUGUUUGUCUACCUCAUCGCGACAGAGUACAUCACCGAGGCCAUGUCCAAGGGUGAAGUCCUGGUCUUUAGACGAGGCCACCAGCCGAAGAUGGUCAAUGACCCUGAAGCUACGACUGCUGCCCCUGCAAAGACAGCGAUCCCAACAAUAGCGGCGCCCAGAUCCAGCGCCAGGAGGCGAUCUUCCAGUGGAAGGAUCUGGUGUCCCGGAGCUGGAAAGACGACACUACUCGAUGUGUUGGCUACUCGCGUUACCAUGGGCGUCGUCACUGGUGAAGUCCUUGUUGAUGGCCUCCCCCGUGAUAACUCGUUCCAGCGCAAGACUGGCUAUGUCCAGCAGCAAGAUGUCCACUUGCCGACUUGGACUGUCCGCGAGGCGUUGCAGUUCAGUGCCCUCCUUAGACAGCCUGCCCACUAUACAAGGCAAGAGAAGCUGGCGUAUGUGGACGAAGUCCUGGAGCUACUAGGCAUGCAAACCUACGCCGAUGCAGUUGUUGGAGUUCCCGGUGUUGGACUUAAUGUCGAGCAACGCAAACGCCUUACCAUUGCCGUUGAACUAGUAGCACGCCCUCAACUCCUCCUCUUCCUGGACGAGCCCACCUCCGGCCUAGACAGUUAA